AUGCUGCCAGAGACGGGACUCAGCCCAGACGAGGACCUCUUCGGCGUUAAGAAGCCCAGUGGACCGCAGAUCCUGUAUGCGCCGACGAUGCAGAUGGCCUCAGCCAACACGCCCAUGCACGCCACCAUCCUGCAGUACGAGGUGGCCGAAGAAGCUUCGGAGAACAUGGACAGCUCCCCGGCUCCGUCUCCGCAGCAGGGUGCUGCUACUGCUGGAGUCACCGACACCGAGGAGAGCGAUGCAGCGCGCUCC